UGUGUUUGUCUGUUUUGGUUUUCAAUAUCUUUCACCAUGCCUGAUCCCGCGAAGUCCGCUCCCGCCCCGAAGAAGGGCUCUAAGAAGGCCGUGACCAAGGCGCAAAAGAAGGACGGCAAGAAGCGCAAGCGCAGCCGCAAGGAGAGCUACUCCGUGUACGUGUACAAGGUGCUGAAGCAGGUACACCCCGACACCGGCAUCUCCUCCAAGGCCAUGGGCAUCAUGAACUCGUUCGUCAACGACAUCUUCGAGCGCAUCGCGGGCGAGGCCUCUCGCCUGGCGCAUUACAACAAGCGCUCGACCAUCACGUCCCGGGAGAUCCAGACGGCCGUGCGCCUGCUGCUUCCCGGGGAGCUGGCCAAGCACGCCGUGUCCGAGGGCACCAAGGCCGUCACCAAGUACACCAGCUCCAAGUGAACGCUCUGACUUCACUCUUGACACAAAGGCUCUUUUCAGAGCCACCCACCUUCUCGACCAAAGCGCUGUUACUCGUUUUCUGUACUAUUAAGACCACCAGCUCCUGUCAAGACAGACCCGACUAAAAAGUAACAGAGAAAUGCAGUUCUCAAUCAAGCAUUACAACCAUUCUAAAAGAUAGCAUGGGUGGCUCUGAAAAGAGCCUUUGCGAUGGGCGCACGCUCACUCUAGCCAGGCUGCGGUGGUACACAGCCUUUAAUGCCUGCAAUCGAUAGACAGAGGCAGGUGGCUGUUUUGAGGUGGAGGCCAGCCUGUUCUACUGAGUUCCAGGACAACAGGGGCAAACAGAGAAACCCUUUCUAGAAAAAUGAAAACAAACAUAUCCAAAAGCUAGGCAUGGUGGUACAUGCCUUUGAUCCUAGUUCUUGGGAAGCAGAUGUAGGAGGAUCUCGGAGUUCUAGCCUAUAUAGACCACAGCAAAGCAAAGCCAAGCAAAAUGAGACAAAACAAAAAACAACAAACAACAAUAAUAAAACCAAAACGAACAAAAAACCCUGAAAAUGGUAAAUUGGUAAAGGCUCCUUGCUUCCAUUUCCUUGCCCCCUCUCUUGCCUGACUUCUUAGCCAAUUCACUAACAUUUCUUGUAAACCCCACUGACCUGUUCUAAACCAUCUGUCAGUGUUUUCCUGCCACAUCCCAAGGCAGCAGAGAAAGGGGAAAUUGUUGGCCAUGACCACAAAAAGGAGCCUCUGAAGUCUACUGAAGCCUCUUACCUGCUGACAGUCAAAAAAAGUAAAUGAAUAUUUAAAAAAUUGCAACAUAUUUGCUGAAUGUGUGCUAGAGACAAUCAUUUCUUUUAUACAGAUUUUUCAAUGUAGAAUGUUAAAAUAACAAUCAUGCUUAAGGCUCGAACUUGUAAGACAUUCAAUUAUGGCCUUCCCCUUUUCCAUAAUAUGUUCUGGGAAUUUUGCAAAUUACGUUAGCCCUUUGCAGUAAAAGAUCCUGAAAUUGUUUUGCAACCCUGGUGGCCUAGGCUUUUACCUUAUCAGCUGUGAACAUCCAAUGCCUAUCACAUACUGUACGCAUAUAUUAUGUAUUGAAGGACUCCUACGCAACACUUUGGACUGUAUCUUUGGAAGUUAAUAGAUUUGUAUAUAUUUAUGUUAUUGUAAAAGCCAUAUAUGAUGAAUAUUACUGUCUUUUUACUAUUAAAAAACAAAUUGUUUGA